UCCAGACAGCAGGAGGACACCCUGGGGGCGGCCUAGCCACAUCACCUGGUGCAGCACGAUACUGAGACUCCAAGAUCGCCUGCCUGGGAACUCCAGACCCACCAGCAAGACCGGGCGUGUAAGCGUGGCGUGGACUACAUAUCCCAGCAUGCACCGCACGCGCCGCCUGGGCUCGCGCAACCAUUAGGUAACUCCUGCACUCGAAGUGCUUUCUGCGACUGUGCAAGAGAGUACCGGGAUCGAGAACUACAACUUCCGACUUGCUUAAUAACUGCGGUGGCGCUAUUUAAAAAGCGUCAGAGAGGAGGUGCUUGGCUACGUCUCUCUCUUCCAGUUCCGCUCCCUCAGAUCAGAGGCUAGACGGGGGCGGAGCCUUAGGCCCGAGCCAAGAUGGCGGCUGCGAAACCAACCCCUACGGACUCGCUCUCUUUCUGCCUCGCGCAGCUCACGGCGGCGGCCGGGGAGGGUCUAGGUGGGACAAAGGACACAGCUACCAACGAGACACCCCUGGGCCGUGCGCUCUUAGCUCUCCGCACGCGCCACAUCAAGGCAGCGGGGGGAAUCGAGCGCUUCCGGGCACGCGGCGGGCUCCUCCCCCUUCUGGCGCUCCCCGCCCCCUCCUCUGCGUCCUUGUCGACGUCCUCGCCGCCUGCGCGCCUGCGCAAGACCCUGGACUUGGCGCUUAGCAUCCUAGCCGACUGCUGUACGGAAGGGGCGUGCCGGACUGAAGUGCGCAGACUCGGAGGCAUUCUGUCUUUGGUGACUAUUCUUCAGUGUGUGAAGACAGACAGCAUCCAGAACCGAGCAGCCCGUGCUCUGGGCAACUUAGCCAUGGAAGCUGAGAGCUGUGCGGACAUUCAUUCUGCUGGUGCUGUUCCCCUCCUCAUUGAGAGCCUGACGGCCUACCAGGACUCACCUUGCUUGCAGAGCGUGAUUCGCGCCCUCCGCAACCUGGCGGACUCCCCCCAGCACCGCCUGGCCCUGGCACAGCAGGGAGCAGUGCGCCCACUGGCUGAGCUUCUGGCUGCUGCCCCAGACCCUGCGCUGACCUUGGCCCUAGUCCGUGCCCUCCUAGAGCUGAGUCGAGGCUGCUCCCGUGCCUGUGCUGAGCAGCUAAGUCUGGGUGGAGGACUAGGCCCACUGGUCAGUCUAGCCUCCCAUCCCAAAAGGACAGUCCGCGAGUCAGCUAUCCUGAUCCUUGCCAACCUGUGUGCCCAGGACCUGGUACGGCCUGCCCUGGGCAAUGCUGGUGGUGUGGAGGUGCUGCUGGGUGAGCUCCAGCAACGCCGAGGUCCCAGUGGGGCUGGCCCAGCCUCCCAGCAGCCCCUGGUGCGGGCUGUGUGCCUACUUUGCCGGGAGGCCAUCAACCGAGCCCGGCUGCGGGAUGCUGGUGGUUUGGAGCUGCUGAUGGGACUCUUGCGGGAUCCUCAUGCCAGCGCCUGGCACCCUCGUGUCGUGGCUGCCCUUGUGGGCUUCCUCUAUGAUACAGGGGCCCUGGGCCGGCUGCAGGCUCUGGGGCUUGUACCUCUCUUGGCCGGGCAGCUGUGUGGCGAGCUUGGUGAUGAGGAAGAAGAGGGAAAAGAAGCUGCUUCCUGGGACUUUCCUGAGGAGCGGACCCCUGAGCGGGUAGAAGCCGGAAGCUUCCGAAGCCUCAGGUCGUGGCUAAUAUCUGAGGGCUACGCCGCAGGCCCGGAAGACAUCUCUCCGGACCGGUCUCCAGAGCGCUGUCCACGGCCUCCUCCACCGCCUGCGCCCCCUGACCCGGACGACUGGCCCACGCUGCGUGCCCGGCCCCCCAGUCUGCGCAGCCAGCACCGGGAGCUAGGUGAAAUGCUGCUGCAGAACCUGACGGUGCAGGCGGAGUCGCCCUUCGGAGUGGGGGUCCUCACUCACCUGCUGCUCUCCGGGAGUCCUGAGGACCGUGUGGCCUGUGCGCUGACCUUGCCCUUCAUCUGUCGGAAGCCCUCUCUGUGGCGCCGGCUACUUCUGGACCAGGGCGGCCUCCGACUCCUCCUCUCGGCGCUGACGCGGCCAGCCCCGCACCCGCUCUUCCUCUUCUUUGCUGCAGACUCCCUUUCUUGCCUCCACAGCCUGGUGUCUCCCCCUGUGAGCCCAGCCCCGCCACCUGCAACCCCCUUGGACCUAGACCCGCCCUCCCCUUGCCAUUAUGAACCUCUGCUGGGCCCAGCUCCCAUCCCAGCCCCAGAUCUGCACUUCCUCCUGGACUCAGGCCUCCGGCUCCCCGCCCAGCGAGCUGCCUCGUCUGCUGCCUCCCCUUUCUUCCGGGCCCUGCUAGCUGGCAGCUUUGCUGAAGCCCAGAUGGACCUGGUACCUCUUCGAGACCUAUCACCCAGCGCAGCCUGGCCUAUCAUGCAUCACCUGCAUGGCUGCCGGGGCUGUGGAGCAGCCCUGGGGCCCAUUCCCCCGCCAGGCCAGCCCCUGCUGGGCUCAGAGGUGGAGGAGGCACUGGAGGCUGCUGACCGUUUCCUGCUGCCUGGGCUGGAGGAGGAACUGGAAGAGGCUCUGGGCCGUAUCCACCUGGGAUCCCAAGGUAGCCUAGAGUCAAUGGGUGAGGUACUCCGCCUCGGCCGGCCCCGGAUGGCUGUCCACUGUGCACGCUGGGUCCUGGGGCCAGGGCAGUGCACACGGAAGCGGGCCCUGGCCUUAGUGGAGCUGGUGGAGGCAGCAGGCGAGGAAGCAGGUCCCCUGACUGAGGCUUUUCUGGCUGUGGUGAUGGGAUUUGAAGUGGGGAGCAGGGGUCCCAGCCUAGACUCUUGAUAUCCUCUCAGAGGGGACCCAAGAACGAAUUGGCAAGAAGAAGGCCUCCCUCGGAGUGGCACGGGGAGGAGGCUAAGCAGGAGUAACCACUGAGGACCGACGAGAGGAUGGAACUGGGCCCCAGGACGAUGGGCUGCAGACUCAGGAGUGAGAAGCCGAGACCGAGGGGCCUGCGAGAUGGAGAAGAGCCCAGCCUUCUGGGGUUGGGAUUAAAACUUUGGAGUUGGAUAUUCAACUGCACCAUUGAGAACUAUCUAUGGCACCAUGAUUCUUAUUAUAUUUUUUCUGAAUUACAGUUUAAAACAAGGAUUGUACCCUAUUCUACCCUUGUUAGUCUUGUUUUAAGCAUUUACUCCAUCUACAACAGCAUUGUAUACCUCCAUUCCACAUCCAAAAAGGUGUGCACUGUAAGAAGUUAACAUUUUAAAUAAAAAUGACAGCCCUG